UCCUCUUCCACAACAGACAUCCUCCCCUCCCCCUCCCCCGACUCGACCACCCCCGAAGCCCAACACCCUGACAUCCCCACGCCGACCUCCCCCCUCAAAGCCACCGACUCCGAACACCCCUGCACAACCUGCGGCGGCCCCCGAUCGCGUCGAACCUCCAUCGUCUCGGACCCCAACGUCUUCAACUCGCGCGCCGGCCGAACCUAUCAUCCAUGCACCAACACGCGCUGUCCACGCGGAAGAGCGAAUACCCUCGAUCGCGAUUGGCAUACGUGGCAGGUUCAUGGAGAGAAUCCGAAAUGUGAUUGUGGAUUGCCGAGUCGACAGAGUCGCCAGGGGACGGGGGAGGUUUGGCCUGGUUAUGGCGUUUGGGAGUGUGCGUUUGGGGGGUGUGGGUAUCGAAGUCGUGAUCGGAAGGGGAGGAGUGUCGAGAAGGGGGAGGUGAGGGAGAGGGAUGUGGAUCGGUUUAUUCCGUGGUUGUUGAAUGGGAGGUGA